UCUUCCUCCGUAGACACUGCGUUUCUCGCCGAGACUAGAGCUACAAUGGCGGACUCCUCGCUGCAGGAUCGUCUGCGCGACCAUGCCAAGGCGUUCGAUGGCCUGCUGAGCCUGAUCCCGGCCAAGAUGUACUACGGCGAAGACACAAGCGAUCAAUGGAAGAAGGAGAAGCAGACAAAACAGGAGGCCGCAGCCGCCCGCAGAGCUAAGCUGGACCCCGACAGCGCCCUGAACCGCAACGCCAAAGAGAUCAUGGAUGAGCGAGCCAAGAACAAGCGGAAGCUGCGGGAGAUGGAGCAGGACGAAAAUGAGCCCGAGGAAUCAUACGAGCCCGUGACCGGCGUCGAGGCCGAGAAGCCCCUUGAAGGCUUGAAGCGGAAGAACCCUGAUACGCCGCAGAAGAAGCCCAAGACCAGUGGUGACGCGGAAGCCGAGAGCAAUGUUGAGGCUGGAGACGAGGCACAGGACGUUGAGGCGACCCCGAAGCUGUCAAAAAAGGAGGAGAAGCGAGCUGCUAAGCGAGAGAAGAAGGCUGAGAAGAAGGCUGAGAAGAAGCUGAAGCAAGAGUCAGGCGAAGCAGCAACCCCGGCCAAGACGCCGGCCAAAACCCCGGCCAAGGAAGCUGCCGAGACAACCAGCACACCUGCCUCAAAGAAGCAAAAGAACAAGAAGGCGACAAAGGAGGCGGCUACACCGUCAAAACCCCAACCGACUCCCUCGAAACCGCAGGAUGAUAUUGUCCAAGACUCUGACAAACAAUACGAAGUCAUGCAAGACCGGCUGGAUGGCCUUGACCCUUCUCUAGACUUCUCCAGCCUGCAGAGAGAAGACGACGGCAGCGCUGUGUCAGCCCCCGACUCCGAAGUACACUCCCCCACCUUUGACUCUACCGAGACUCCCAGCAGCACUCAGCCCACAACAACAGCAACAACAACAACAACAGAGCCCGCGAGCACAUCCACAUCAGUCUCCUCAGUUGCCCCUUCAGAGAAGCCAAAGCACAUCAAGAUACCCGCAGACACCACCGCCCUGAGAGCUCGUCUCGCCGCCAAGAUCGAGGCUCUCCGCGCGGCCAGAAAAGCCGACGGAACGAACGGCAAGCCCAUCCGCACGAGGCAAGAGCUCAUCGAGGCGAGAAGAGCAAAGGAAGCCCAGCGAAAGGCCCACAAGAAGGAGCUGCGCCAGCUGGCAAAGGAGGAGGCGCAGAAGAAGCGCGAAGAGGCGCUGGCGUCCAACUCGCCGGGGGUCAUGAGCCCCAACAUCAGCCUCGACGACGCCGCGGCCCAGGGAGGCUUCGCCUUUGGACGGGUGGCGUUUGCGGACGGCACACAGAUGUCGCACGACCUGGGCUACUUCCUCAACAGGGGCAAGAAGAAGGGCCCGUCGGACCCCAAGACGGCCCUGCUCAAGGUGCAGCACGAGAAGAAGCGCAUCGAGGAGCUCGACGCGGAGAAGCGCCAGGACAUUGAGGAGAAGGAGACGUGGCUCAACGCGCGGCGCCGCGCAGAGGGCGAGAAGAUCCGCGACGACGAGGCCCUGCUCAAGAAGGCCGUGAAGCGCAAGGAGGCGGCCAAGAAGAAGAGCGAAAAGGCGUGGAAGGAGCGCGCGACGGGCGUCGCCAAGGCGCAGCACGAGAAGCAGAAGAAGCGCGAGGAGAACAUUAAGCAGCGGCGCGAGGACAAGCUGCUGCGGCGGUCGGGCAAGAAGAAGAAGGGCGGCGCCAAGAAGAAGGGCGGCCGGCCGGGCUUUGAGGGGAGCUUUGGCGUGGGCGGGAAGCGCAAGUGA